UGCUUCAUAUUUGAAAGGAUAUGUUUGUGCUGUAUAUUUUCAGUGCACUUUGGAAAACAAGAUAAACGAUCAGUGUUCAGAUGAGCUUGCAGAUGAAAGAAUGCACUGGCUGGUACAUCGUAUGCAGUUAAAUAUGCUGCUUUUCAUACUUUAAGGAAAAGACAUGAAACGUUCACUUUGGAACUGAUUUGGAACUACCCAUGGUGCUUUUGUUUUUGGGAAUCUACUGUGUUUGGUUUGCAAGGUUUACUGGUGAUUGCACAGACCAGGGGAAACAGCAGCAGUGUACAGCUCAUGAACAGCCGUGGGCUUAGCUUCCAGGCUUUCUCUGUCCCUUAAAAGGUUCAGAAGACUGAAAAGAGAAGGCAAGUGAAGGGAACAGAGGAAAACCUUCACAAACAUAUACUGGGAUGUACCUUUCCAUAAUUUUAUUAUUUUUCCUGUGGGCUCCUGCCCUUACUUUGAAAAACUUGAAUUAUUCUGUGCCAGAGGAAGUGGGAGCUGGUACUGUUAUUGGAAACAUCAGUAAAGAUGCAAAACUGGGUAUUCCAGAAAGAGGUAGGAAAUCAAACUUUAGAGUUCUGGAGAAUUCAGCACCUCAUUUGAUAGAUGUUGAUCCGGACAGUGGGGUGUUGUACACUAAACAAAGAAUUGAUCGUGAAACCCUUUGUAGAAGAAGUCCAAAAUGUCAGCUCUCCUUGGAAGUAUUUGCAAAUGAUAAAGAAAUAUGUAUGAUCAAAGUGGAUAUCCUGGACAUAAAUGACAACUCCCCUAAUUUUCCAUCUGAGCAGAUUGAUAUUGAUAUUUCAGAAAAUGCAGCUCCUGGAACAAGAUUUCCACUCACUAGUGCCCAUGAUCCAGAUUCUGGGGAAAAUGGCUUGAAGACCUAUGUGAUAACUCGAGAUGAUUAUGACUUGUUCUCCUUGGAUGUGAAAUCUAGAGGUGAUGGAACAAAGUUCCCUGAGCUAGUCAUCAAGAAACCAUUGGAUAGAGAAGAACAAAGUCAUCAUAAAUUAAUUUUAACAGCUUUGGAUGGUGGUGAUUCUCCAAGAUCAGCCACUGUGCAAAUAAAUGUUAAAGUAAUUGACUCAAAUGAUAAUAGUCCAGUUUUUGAGGCAUCUUCAUAUAAUGUAGAAAUUCCAGAAAACUCACCAAUAGGCAGAACAGUAAUUGAUUUGAAUGCUACUGAUGCAGAUGAGGGUUCUAAUGGUGAGGUUGUGUACUCAUUCAGUGGCUAUGCUCCUGACCGAAUUCGAGAGCUGUUUUUAAUUGACCCCAAGACAGGCGUGAUACAAGUGAAGGGUAACUUGGACUUUGAAGAAAAUGGACUAAUUGAAAUUGAUGUACAAGCACGAGAUCAGGGCCCAAAUCCAAUCCCUGCCCAUUGCAAAGUUACAGUAAGAGUGAUUGACAAAAAUGACAAUGCUCCAUCUAUUGGCUUUGUAUCUGUUCGUCAGGGAGCAAUUAGUGAAGCUGCACCCCCUGGUACAGUUAUUGCCCUAGUUCGAGUCACUGACAAGGACUCAGGUAAAAAUGGGCUGUUACAAUGCCGGGUCCUGGGCAAUGUUCCUUUCAAACUGGAAGAAAACUAUGACAAUUUCUAUACUGUUGUUACAGACAGACAUCUUGACCGUGAAAUACAGGAUGAAUAUAAUGUCACUAUAAUAGCCAGGGAUAAUGGGAAUCCACCUUUAAAUUCAACAAAAUCAUUUACUGUUAAAAUCUUAGAUGAAAAUGACAAUCCUCCUCAUUUCAGCAAAGCUAUGUAUUUGUUAAAGGUGUCUGAGAAUAACAUUCCUGGGGAAUACUUAGGGUCUGUCGUUGCGCAAGAUCCAGACUUGGGCGACAAUGGCACAGUGUCUUAUUCAAUACUGGAAUCUCAUAAUGGGGGCGUGUCUAUUCAUACAUUUGUAUCUGUCAAUCCCACUAAUGGGGCAAUAUAUGCCCUUAGAUCUUUCAAUUAUGAACAAACUAAAUAUUUUGAUUUUAAAGUCCUUGCAAAGGAUUCAGGGUCCCCUCACUUAGAAAGCAAUUCUACUGUCAGAGUUACUGUAUUGGAUGUGAAUGAUAAUGCACCAGUCAUUUGUUUACCUACCUUGCAAAAUGAUACAGCGGAGAUCCAUGUGCCUAGAAAUGUUGGUAUAGGUUAUGUUGUAAGCACAGUCAGAGCAAUGGAUGACGACUUUGGAGAAAGUGGGCGACUGACUUAUGAAAUUGUUUAUGGGAAUGAAGAGCACCUGUUUGAAAUAGACUCAGUUACAGGAGAAAUUAAAACACUCAAUCCAUACUGGGAUGAAGUUUCACCAGUAGUAGAACUGGUGAUCAAAGUAACAGAUAAUGGUAAACCAGCACUUACAGCUGCAGCAAAACUCAUUAUAAAAUCGUAUACAGGAUCUCUACCUGAGGGAGAACCAAGAGUUAAUGGAAAACAACACCAAUGGGAUAUGUCUUUGCCUCUUAUUGUUACAUUAAGCACAAUUUCUAUAAUCUUGCUGGCUGCCAUGAUAACAAUUGCUGUCAAAUGUAAACGAGAAAAUAAAGAAAUCAGAACUUACAAUUGUAGAAUUGCAGAGUACAGCCACCCUCAGCUGGGGAAAAGUAAAAAGAAAAAGAUAAAUAAGAAUGAUAUUAUGCUGGUCCAGAGUGAAGUAGAAGAGAGAAAUGCAAUGAAUGUCAUGAAUGUUGUUAGCAGCCCAUCACUUGCUACAUCCCCAAUGUAUUUUGAUUACCAAACGAGGUUGCCCCUCAGUUCUCCUCGUUCAGAAGUAAUGUACCUGAAGCCUACAUCUAAUAAUCUGACUGUUCCUCAAGGCCAUGUAGGCUGCCACAACAGUUUUACUGGGCCAGUGAGCAAUGCAACCGAGACUUCUUCUAAUCGGAUGUCCAUAAUUCAGACAGAUAAUUUCCCCACAGAGCCCAAUUACAUGGGCAGCAGACAGCAGUUUGUUCAAAGUAGUUCAACCUUCAAGGACCCUGAAAGAGCCAGCCUAAGGGACAGUGGUCAUGGAGAUAGUGAUCAAGCUGAUAGUGAUCAAGACACUAACAAAGGUUCCUGCUGUGACAUGUCUGUAAGGGAGGCACUUAAGAUGAAAACUACUUCAGCUAAAUGCCAGCCACUAGAGCAAGAUCCCUGCUGUAAAAAAAUGGAUCGCUGUAAUGCAAAAUCUGUAUGCAAGACUGUAUGCACAGAACAAGAAGAGUGCAUAAACUGUACAGAUGAGUGUCGAGUACUUGGUCAUUCGGACCGUUGUUGGAUGCCACAGUUCCCUACUGCUAAUCAAGUUGAAAAUGCAGAUUAUCGCACAAAUCUUUUUGUCCCAACUGUUGAAGCUAAUGUCGAGACUGAGACUUAUGAAACCGUGAAUCCAACUGGGAAAAAGACCUUUUGUACAUUUGGAAAAGACAAAAGAGAGCACACCAUUCUCAUUGCCAAUGUUAAACCAUAUUUAAAAGCCAAGCGUGCCCUGAGUCCUCUUCUGCAAGAGGGUCCUUCUGCAUCUAGCAGCCCUACCAAGACAUGCAUUGAGCCUUGUACCACAACUAAGGGACCAUUGGAUGGCUGUGAAAUAAAAUCUGGAGUCUUGGCAGAAACCAACCAAUAUCUGUCAUCUGACAGUCAAUAUAUAUCACCUAGUAAACAGACAAAAGACCCACAGUACACUACAUCUGAUCCAAUGGCUCGUGUAUUUGCAGAUGUGCAUUCCAGAGUGAACCGAGACUCAAAUGAGAUGGACUCUGUUUUGGAGCAACUGGAGCACUCAAAUCGAGAUUUGGGGCGCGAGUCAGUGGAUGCAGAGGAAGUUGUGAGAGAAAUUGAUAAGCUUUUACAAGACUGUAGAGGAAGUGAACCCGUGGCUGUGAGAAAGUAAAUAGGAAGGAUAGGCUAUUAUUUAUGCCCUUAACCAGUGAAAAAGAUAUUUUCUUUAAGGAUACAGCACAUGUGCAGGGAAAUCUAAAGAUUGAUGCUGCUUUGUGGCUACUAGUAAACAACUGAAGUGCCCCUAAAAUAUGUUGACUUGUUUUUCUUUUUCUCAGAUUUACACUGGCUUUGUUUUCACAAAAGUUAGCCUUGGAUACAGCCAAGCAAAGCAAAACAAAUUAUGAUAUUUGACAAUCUGCUAGAAUUACAUAGGAACAAAAAAAGGAACUGUUUCUGAAAUUCUGCAACUCCGUACUAUAGUGGAUGUUGACUUUUCUGGUUUCUGGAGUGAAAACCCAAUGCUUAACAGGGUUAACUCAUUUAUGUCUGGAUUUUACAGCUAGCAUUACUAGCUUCUAAUUAAAGUCCUAACUAAUUUUGCUGUAGUCCUAGCUGCACCAAACAUCAACACCCAUUUGUGGUCAACAUUUCUAUAUAAAUGAACAACAUUCCAAAACAUUUUCCGUAAAACAUGUCUCUGUCAUUUAGUACGU